AACUAGAACAAUCUGCGACCUUCCUCUGGAACCGACACCGUUUUCUUUUCUUUUUUUCUAUUACAAGCACCAAAACCCUAAACCCUUCUUCUCAGAGAUAUAAAAACACAUCUCACCACCUUCACGUAUCUCCAUUUACUUCUGAUCAAUCUCCCCUCUUGGUUAUGGCUGCCGUGCUUCGCUCUCUCCGCCGCCGUGAUGUCUCCUCCACCACCUUCUCUGCUUAUCGCUCGUUGACGAGAAGCACUAAGCCUGCAUAUGUAGCUCAGAAGUGGUCUUGUUUGGCUCGACCAUUCAGCUCAAGACCUGCUGGAAAUGAUGUCAUUGGUAUUGAUUUAGGUACAACUAAUUCAUGUGUUUCCGUCAUGGAAGGAAAGAACCCCAAAGUUAUUGAGAAUUCUGAGGGUGCUAGAACAACACCGUCUGUGGUUGCUUUUAACCAGAAAGGGGAGCUGCUUGUUGGUACCCCAGCCAAACGUCAAGCUGUAACUAACCCGACAAACACUGUCUUUGGUACCAAGCGUUUGAUCGGUAGACGAUUUGAUGAUCCACAAACACAAAAGGAGAUGAAAAUGGUUCCGUUCAAGAUUGUUAAGGCUCCAAAUGGUGAUGCGUGGGUUGAGGCUAAUGGACAACAGUAUUCUCCUAGCCAAAUUGGUGCUUUUGUUCUCACCAAGAUGAAGGAAACAGCAGAAGCUUAUCUUGGGAAGUCAGUUACGAAGGCGGUAAUUACUGUACCGGCUUAUUUCAAUGAUGCUCAAAGGCAGGCAACAAAAGAUGCUGGUAGAAUUGCAGGUCUUGAUGUGCAGAGAAUUAUCAAUGAACCCACUGCUGCUGCACUUUCAUACGGAAUGAACAACAAGGAGGGUCUCAUUGCUGUUUUUGACCUUGGAGGUGGAACAUUUGAUGUAUCCAUCUUAGAAAUUUCGAAUGGCGUGUUUGAGGUGAAAGCAACAAAUGGUGAUACUUUCUUGGGAGGAGAGGAUUUUGACAAUGCCUUGUUGGAUUUUCUGGUGAACGAAUUUAAAAGAACCGAGAGUAUUGACCUUUCAAAGGACAGACUUGCACUGCAGAGGCUUCGUGAAGCUGCUGAGAAAGCCAAGAUAGAGCUGUCUUCAACAUCUCAAACUGAGAUCAACCUGCCUUUCAUUACUGCUGAUGCUUCUGGUGCUAAGCAUCUGAACAUAACAUUGACUAGAUCUAAGUUUGAGGCCUUGGUAAAUAACUUGAUCGAAAGGACCAAGGCACCAUGCAAAAGCUGUUUGAAGGAUGCUAACAUCUCUGUCAAGGAUGUUGAUGAGGUUCUUCUUGUCGGAGGGAUGACUAGGGUACCCAAAGUUCAAGAGGUGGUUUCAGAGAUAUUUGGAAAGUCUCCCAGCAAAGGUGUAAAUCCUGAUGAGGCAGUUGCCAUGGGGGCGGCAAUCCAAGGUGGUAUCCUACGUGGAGAUGUUAAAGAGCUACUGCUCCUGGAUGUAACUCCGCUUUCUCUGGGUAUUGAGACUUUGGGAGGUAUCUUUACUAGGUUGAUCAACCGCAACACAACUAUUCCCACUAAGAAGAGUCAGGUCUUUUCAACUGCAGCCGACAAUCAAACUCAGGUCGGUAUCAAGGUGCUACAAGGUGAGCGGGAAAUGGCUACAGACAACAAAAUGCUUGGAGAAUUUGACCUUGUUGGUAUUCCUCCCGCUCCCAGGGGUCUUCCUCAGAUUGAGGUCACGUUUGACAUUGAUGCCAAUGGUAUUGUUACCGUCUCUGCCAAAGACAAGUCUACUGGGAAAGAACAACAAAUCACCAUUCGGUCAUCUGGCGGACUCUCGGAAGAUGAGAUUGAAAAGAUGGUCAAAGAAGCAGAAUUGCACGCUCAGAAAGACCAAGAAAGAAAGGCUCUUAUUGACGUUAGAAAUAGUGCUGACACUACUAUAUAUAGCAUUGAGAAGAGUUUAGGGGAAUACAGGGAGAAGAUUCCCAGUGAAGUGGCCAAAGAAAUUGAGGAUGCAGUUUCGGAUUUGAGAAAGGCGAUAUCUGGGGAUAAUGUUGAUGAAAUUAAGUCUAAGCUUGACGCUGCAAACAAAGCUGUAUCCAAAAUUGGGCAGCACAUGUCAGGUGGUUCUAGUGACGGUUCCUCAGCCGGUGGUUCACAGGGUGGGGACCAGGCUCCAGAGGCAGAGUAUGAGGAGGUCAAGAAGUGAGGCAAGGAAGGGUUACGUCCCACUACAUUAUGAUGUAUUGUUUAGAUCAUAAGUUAGAGAGAUGAAUCAUCUUUUUGUCAUUUAGCAUAUCAUAUAAGGUCACUUAUUUUUGUACUAAAGGUUGGAGUUCAUUUUUUUUACUUUGAGGCCUUUCCUAUGUGUAGUACUGGAAUAUGCUCCUACUUGAAUGACGAUAUUCAAAGUUUUGCCUUCU